AAACGUAGGUAGGUGUUAGGGAUGCGUUAUACGGGUUAUACUAUACCGUUAUACGCCACUGUUUGCGAUAAAGAGAUGGAGAAGAAGGUUAUAGACCAGAAAGAGUAUUUGAGGAAAUAUUUGUCUUCGGGAAAUGACGAGGACAAGAAAAAGAAGAAGAAGAAGAAAAAGCUAAAAGUGGGACCACAAACAGUAAAGGUCAUUGAUGAUGACAUAGACCUGAAGAAUAUGAGACCAGUUGAAGAGAAUGAAUUUGAUAUUUUCAUUUAUGGAGAAGACGCACCUCAAAUUGCUGGUAUAGUAGAUGAACGUGGUCCAGUUGAUUUCUCAGAUAAAAGAAGAUGGAAAAUCAUUGCUGACAGUGAAGGUGGAGACCUGACUGUCACCAGUCACAACAGAGAAACUAAACAAUCUAGAAAAGAUAAAGAAAAUUAUGAUCAUGAUUUAAGUCCACCUAGAACAAGCUAUAAAAAGCAUACUAAGUUGGUAGAUAAAACUUCAGAAAGUAAUAGUGAUAGUAACAAUGAUUUAGAAGCAGACAUUUCACCUCAUAAAUAUAAAAAGAAAGGAAAGAGAAAACAAAAAGCAUCAGAUUCUGAUCUGAGUCCACCUAGACAGCGAAAGAAUAAAAAUUAUGACUCCGAUUUAAGUCCACCUAGAAAGAAUAAAUCUAAAAAUGAUGAUUCCGACUUGAGUCCACCCAGAAAGACAACCAGAUCUAAGUACUAUGAUUCGGAUUUGAGUCCACCUAGAAAGACUAAAUCUAAAAAUCAUGACUCAGAUUUAAGUCCACCAAGGAAGAAUAAAAAGCAUAAAAAGCAUGGAAAUAAAAGUGAUUCCGAUAUGAGUCCACCUCGAAAAAGCAGGAAGGAUUCUGAUUCUGAUUUAAGUCCUCCACGAAAUAAGACUAAAAAUUAUGAUUCAGAUUUGAGCCCACCAAGAAAAAGUAAGAAGGAUGAAUAUGAAAAAAGGAAGUCACAUUCGGAAUCGAGAAAACAAAGAAAGGUUUCUGAUACAGAUUUAAGUCCACCAAGAAGAUCUGAAAAAUAUAUGGACUCGCAUUUAAGUUCUAAACAAAGGUAUAGAAAUGAUGAUUCAGACCUUAGUCCACCUAGACAAAGUAGAAAGCAUAAACAUAGAGAUUCACAUGCAAAUGUAGACAAAGAGAGUAGAAAUUAUAAACAUUCUAGUAAAAGGUCCGAAGGCAGACAUGAUUCAGAUGCGAGUCCACCUGGGAAAAAGAACAGAGGUAGAAGUGGAAGCCAAUCUAAGGAAGAUAAUAGAGAUUUUCAUAAGAAUAAAAACAAACGGAACAAUAAGUAUGAAUACGAAAAUUAUCACAAAAGGGAAAAGUCUACAAGGGGCAUUAAUGACCAUAAAAAAUUGGAUGCAAGACACAGGGACGACAGAGAGGAUAAUGAGAAACGAAUGAAGAAAACAUUAGAUGGAAAAAAAGCAGGACUGCAGGAUGCAAAGGCAUUAAGAGAAGAAACAGAGGCAUACAAAAAGAGAGAAGCUGAACAUUUCAGCAAGUUGAGUAAAGAAGUCACUGGUAUUGGCCAGGCUGCAAUUAUGAGAGAUUCCAAAACCGGUAGAAAACGUAACUUAAAAGCAGAAGCAGCUGAAGCACGUGAAAAAGAAAAGCGACAAACAGAAUUGGAUGAAAAGUAUGCCAAAUGGGGGAAGGGAUUAAAACAAGUUGAAGAUCGCGAAGAAAAAUUAAAAGACGAUCUUUAUGAAAUGAGCAAGCCACUGGCAAGGUAUGCAGAUGAUGCUGAUUUAGACAGAAGGCUUAGAGAACAAGAAAGAGAAGGCGAUCCUAUGUUGGAGUAUAUCAAGCAAAAACAGAUUAAAGAGGGAAAAAUAUCUAAUAAUGUAAUUAUUAUUAUUUUAGAUCGACCAACGUACGAAGGGUCAUACAUGCCAAAUCGAUUCGGUAUUAAACCUGGUUAUCGGUGGGACGGUGUUGACAGAAGUAAUGGUUACGAAAAGCGGUGGUUCGAAACACAAAACGCAAAGACGGCUCAACAAGAGGAAGCUUACAAGUGGAGUACUUCCGACAUGUAAAAUGUUCACGCUCUUCAUUUUUAUACAAACUAGACACAGCCUGACGAUCACUAACAUACACGUUGAUUGUUACUCAACAAUUACGCAUUGGGAGAUUGUAAAAUACUGCUU